ACAAUGUGACAGACAACACAGCCACUCUACGUAGUAGUGGAUAUCUUCUCUGUGAAAGGAGGGAGGGCAGAGGCGAGCCAAAGCGAGCCGGAGCCGCAUGCUCGCUGUUCAACAAGGCGAACAGGAGCAAAAAUGAAGCUCCGGACAGCAGCAGCAACAGCAUCCAGUGAGGACUGACACAGUAUUUAGGGUCCUGUUGUUAUCCUAGCCGACACAUGGGCAGGAAGAAAUAAAAGUGUCAGUGCAGGCCCUCCAGCUGGACCUCUGGGCUCAGUCUUGGCUGUGUGGCUUUAUUGUUGGUGGAUCAUCUCAACAGGCGUCUAUGUGAGUGAGAACUAAUGAAGUCCGGUAUGAGGCAGUGGCGGAGGUUGAUGCUGGUGGCCAUGCUGGCCUGGGUCCUGCUUUUUCUUGCCCUGAUCUCUUACUUUCUGGAUGCUCGUGUGGAUGAGCCUCUGACUUCUGCUGGCUCUUUACUCUCCCAGCACCCUGACACACGUCGACUAGCCUCUAUACAAGCAUCCCAUCAACAUCAUGUCAUUUUGGGUCCCAGGCCUGAGCUGGCUUUGCCAGUAACUAAGACAUAUCUCCGAGAAAAGCCAGAACCGGAACCUUCUGCCAGCUCCACCACCCCAGAGACCGGUGUGGAAAUGAGCCAUAGCCCAGACAGUGCUCCCUAUGUUACCUAUGGAAGCCAUGAAGUAAGCCGACAGGACUACCUUGACCCACAGAAUCUGGCCGCCUGGUCCUCCUUUGGUACAGAAAAUGUGGGUUCUCAUUCAGAUCCUGGAGUCCAGAGUCGUGAGAGAACAUCUCUAAAUGCAGAGUACCAGAACCAUGUCAGUACCACUCGUUACCACGGCGAUGAGGAGGAGGAAGAAGAAGAUGGGAAAGAAAAUGAAAACGAAGAACUGGGGAACAGUAUGAGGACUACAGCAGACAGGAGGGCCGGUGAUGACUCCUCAGAUCUGGAGGAAUACUACUUCUCAAAGUCUGCCUCUGUGGUGCAGCGGCUUUGGAGGGGUGGUGCAUCCGCCGGCAUGCUGAGUCCUCGACUGCAGCGUGCCAUGAAAGACUAUAUGAGUGCCAACAAACACCAUGUUUCCUAUAAGGGAAAUCGCAUUGUCACCCAGAGUGCCAAGGAACUGCUCUGUCAGAUGAAAGCCCAGGCCCAGCUGAGAACAGUGGAUGGGUCGGAGCAGCCCUUCUCCUCACUUGGCUGGGCUCGCCUUGUGCCGUCUCCUCCUCUGGAGCAUUUGCACAGACAACAGGAAAAGAGCAGCUUCAAGACCUGUGCAGUAGUCACCUCUGCUGGUGCCAUCCUGCGCUCAGGACUGGGCAAAGAGAUUGACACUCAUGACGCAGUUUUACGGUUCAAUGCUGCACCCACAGAGGGAUAUGAGCGAGAUGUGGGAAACAAAACCACCAUACGCAUAAUCAAUUCACAGAUUUUGGCAAAUCCUAAGCAUCGAUUCAACACGAGCUCCAUCUAUAAGAAUGUAACUCUGGUGGCCUGGGACCCUGCACCUUAUGCUGUUAAUUUACACAAGUGGUUUGCCAAUCCAGACUACAACCUGUUUGGUCCAUACAUGGAGCACCGCAAACUCCACCCUGACCAACCUUUCUACAUCCUUCACCCCAGCUACGUGUGGCGACUCUGGGAUGUGAUUCAGGGCAACACUCAGGAGAACAUCCAGCCCAAUCCUCCCUCAUCUGGCUUCAUAGGCAUCCUCCUGAUGAUGGCACUGUGCGAGCAGGUGCAUGUGUACGAGUACAUUCCCUCCAUGAGGCAGACUGACCUGUGCCACUACCACGAGCGUUAUUAUGAUGCUGCCUGUACACUGGGUGCCUACCAUCCCCUCCUCUACGAGAAGAGCCUGAUCCAACGGAUUAACACAGGCCCCGAGAGUGACCUCAGGAGGAAGGGACGCGUCACUCUUCCAGGCUUUAGCACCGUCAACUGUGACAUUUGAAAUAUGAAACCUAACCCUCCGAACCCAAUCAAAUGUACACAGAUACACACACACACACACACACACCCUGGCCCUUUCUGGCUGACCAAGGGAGAGGUGCAAUAAAGCCACAGCAGACAAGAAGGCUGAAGCUUACAAGUUUCAAAUUAGACCCAUGAAGAGCAUAAGCCAUAGCCCUCCAGGGAGGGAUAAACAUGGAGUUUUUUGAAAGACUUUGUCUUCAUCAAAGAUGGUUUACUUCACCACAGACUGGAGCUGGAAAAGAAAACUAAAACGUUAACUGCUUUAGCUGAGCCACGUUAGCUGUGGAGCUGACUAGAGUAGCAACAAAUCAGUGUGAAUUUUCAAUAACUGGUAUGUUUCAGUCGUGUAGAAUCUGUGUUUUAUAGUAGUUUGGGUGGUUCUCCACUUGAAAGAAUGCCACUGUUUAUUCUCUUUUUUUUUUUACUGGUCAAGAGGGAUGUGAAUAAAUACACAAAGCAUCCACUCUGAAUGUCACAAAUACAACAUUUAUCAACAUAUAGCAACAACACAUGGAGAAGAAUGUGUGGUUUUAGAGGCAGAUUGUAAAGCUGUGACUGCUGUUGUAUUACUGUACAUAUUACUGUACAACAAAAACAGAAAUUGUUUGGUGUUGUCAUGGUGGGUUCAUUUUUCACUACUGAUGGUGUUAACUUCAAUACUUAAUUACUGUCUUGUGCACACUGACUGACAGCCACCAGUUUGUCAAUUCCUCUACACAUAUUAGUUUGUUUAGGGUGCAAUUAUGUUACUAAAUUAAAGUAAAUGGGGCCAAAAAAUGGAUCUUUGAGAAGAAACAGGUGCUCAGAACAGAACAGUUCCUGGUGAUCACUUUCCUCGGGUUGCCUUGUGACUGUUCAGACAAAUGCAGUACAUACUGUGGCAGGGCUGCAGUACCAUUCAGUAUGAUUGCCUGAGAUGUGGAGAGCAGCAGGUCUUUCUGAAGUGAUUUACUUUUGCUUUUUAGUUCUGCCUCAACAAUCACCAGCCCCCACCACCACACCCUUACUGGAGCUCACCUCUGCUCUUCUGUCUGCUUAUGUGCAGCUCUCUGCAGGGUUAUUCCUCUGUUAUGUAACAGCAUGAAGUGCAUUCCCUACAACUAUACAUGCUUCAUAUUUCCUGAAUCCUCUAAUUUUAGUCUGUACCCAUCCAUGGCUUGGAGUGAAGAUAAUUAUAAAAGAGGAAUUUGGACCUGUAAUAUUUUCACAUUUUUUCAUUUAUCUCCAAAUAGGAUGAUUUUUUUUUUUUUUUUUACAAUGAGCCGGUGCCACGUCUGCAGACAGGUCUGAAGGUGUUACGUCAGCAUGGAAAAGAAGGUUUUUUUUUUUUUGUUUUUUUUUAAAGUAGAUAUGCAGUCAGAAUUUUUUUUGCCUUUUGACAUAUUUUGUAUAAAAUAAUGUGUGUGCGUGUUGUUGGUAGUGGUUUGAUGAAAGAUAUGAAAACUUUAAUGUCAACUUUUGAAAAUGUCACAGAAAUGUUUAGGUUGUUUGAUGUGAAGUAGAUUACUCUGCUGUAGUAAUGUAGAAAGAAACUAUUUCUAAGGUUUGACUGGGGCUGGGUAUUUCUGAAAAUAUACUGAUACUACUUAAACAUGCAGUCUUUUUUUUUUUUCAUUCCCCCUGAGGAAUGUGCAAUUCGUACUCUGUGAAAACAAAGAAAUAGGGAAAAAAUUGAAAAAAAAAGCCUCCUAUUAUGCUUUCUUUUUCAGGAUUAGUGUUAAUUCCAUAAUGACAUUGAUUAGCUGAGAUGAGUCAUGAUCUAGUAAAUUUAGUUGGUUUUAUGUUUAGAAACUACACUGAUCAGCUGCAGUAUUACUAUGCACCAACUAUUGAGCAGAUUCUCCUCAUUCCUGACUCUUUGGAGCAUGGAUACUGGACCUCUGGGGGUUUUUUGUGGUAUCUCGCUGCUGGACAGUGGAAGUUGAUAUUUUGGGUCCCAAGGGUUGAGCAGCUGGGACUUUCAAGACUCCAUGUCAAGUACACUGGUUGUUAGUAGUUCUCAUUCACCAAGUUCAUUUAAAGCUUGUUGUAAAUUAAAGUAUUUUCAGUCAAGCAAAAGUUCCUUUUGUCUGCUGAAGAAGGAAGUUGUGUAAUUGUGUUUGUGGAGAAAAUAUAUCUUAAUCAUUAUCACUAUUACUUCUAUUUCUGGUAUUUUUAUAAUUACAGCUAGAAAAGUGCAGUACCUUUUGACAACCAGUAGGUUCUGGUUCCCAAAAGAAAUCCAAAACCAAGAAUCCAAGAAAUCCAGGACAUUGACAUUUUAUGAAAAUAUUUCCUUAAUUAAAGCUCUCAUACCAUUAGAAUGACAGUAGCUACAGCCAUGCCUUAUAAAUAGUCAGGGAGCUAGAGAUAGUAGCUAUGAGGGUGGGGGGAGGGUAAUGGGAUCUUGCAGAGACCUUUGGUAAUUAUCAUUUUCAAAGCUAGACAAAAAAUAUAGUCAUUCAGGAAGUUUCAGUUGUAUAAUACAUAUUAAGAAGUGUAGCUUUGUCUUAUUUUUAAAUGACCAUUUGUUGUUUUAAACACAUCCUCCCACGAUGUGUCCUUAAUCUUUUCUACCUUUUCAAGCCCUCUCUGGGUUGCAUGGCCCUGUUGGGGGAGGCUGUUGUCAUGAUGGUGUGUGCUUUAUUUUGCUGACUUGUCUUUAUAAAAGAAGCAUCCUCUUUAUUGUUUCUCAGAUGUGUCAUCAGACUGUAAACGGAUGGUUGGGGCAAUUCAUGUCUCCUUUCAGAGGUUGCCAAUGUUGCAGCUGAUCAGUGUACAAAAAAUAACAUUUUGAUGAAAUUUUGACGAUGAAAAGUAAUUCAGCGAAUUACUUACAACGCAAAGGUACUUCAUCACAUUGAUGAAAAAUGAUGUAACUCAGAUAUUGUAGUGUAUGCAUUUCCAACAAUGAAAUAUUGAUGAUAUAGUAAGGAACGUUGUUUAAUAUCUGCCUUAGCAGUAUUACUACUGUAUAGAAAUAUAUAAUCCCAGAAGAAUUGAUAAAAGGACCCAUGUUGUAAGAUGAGCUAUAUGUACAUAAACUGAGAUAUGAUACCCAGCCCCAGUUAUUUAAAGACUUUUUUUUAAAGUAAAGAAACCUGGUAAAGUCAGCAUAAAGAAACUGUUUAAUGCUGAAAGGAGAUUUGAGGAUUCAUCUUAAGUCAUGCAGGUUUUCAGCUCUUCUUUAGGUUUUAAAUCUGUGUUGAGAUAAAUGAAAAACUAUCUUAGUGCUUGUGAUUGUAGCACACUGAAGGUGCAAACGUCCCUGAACAUAUUGUAUAUGUAAUUCUCUGAUUACUUUCCAGUGCACAGAGCAUGCAAAUCAUGAUCAGGGCUAAGUCUUAAAACUGUCUGUGCUUUACUGUGCUACAUGUCAUUGACAUUAAUGUUUUAGGAGGCAGUUGUGCUUUAAGAUUUUAGUUUUCUAAGUGGUGUUUGCAGAUUUUAAUGCAUGCUUGUCGGUCAUACCCAGCUAGGGUGACGCUGUCAGCUGUUCCUUAAAGACACUUAAUCAAGUGCAAUGCCUUCUGGCAACUUCAUCUUUGCAUCUUAAUAUUGUGCCAAAUUACAUCUUUGAUAAUGUGUCAGCUGGGUGGGUUAAAAGCAGGAUGAGGAGUAAUAGCGGGACUUUUGAGGGACUAUUGCUUCUUUCUAGAAUGCUGAAGGUCAAAUUUAAUUUAAAAUUUUUUGCCCACUUCAAGAUGACAGAUUUAUUGCCGGUGUUAAAAUACUUGACAUUGUACUGGAAGUUGACAUCAACUCUAAAUUGUGAUGGCAAUUAACUGGUGAUGUGGGAACAUGUUCAGAGAUCAUGUUUAUUAAACUUUCCCCACUCUGAUCCCCCCCCUCCUCCCCUCCGCUCUUAACUCUGGAGACCUAUUUGUUAUGUCUUGUUUUCAAUAUGUUUGGUGGGAAUUUCUGCACCACACUGCCUCUGAGGGAUUGUUCAGCACCAUUUUUCCUCUCUGCAGCUUUCUGCAGUUGUAGUAAGAGUGAAAGUCCGGUUUCACUUCCAGCAGCCUUAGGGUGUUUUUGAUUUGUAUUUUUCAGUGAAUUCUCUUCUUAUUACACUUGAACUGAUAUUUAAAUGGACCAUUUGUAUGAUUUAAGCUGUUAUUUGUCCUUUUUUACUGUGCAAAUAAAGCUGUUGUUCAUG